AUGGAGGCAACGAAAGAGAGAAUGGAGAAGGAACAGAAGAAGAAGAGAGACGAAAAAUCAGCUGCCGCCGUCACCAAUGAGGCGGUUAAUACCAAAGACACGGUGAGAGGAAUCAUUCAAGAAUCUGUAGUGGAAGGAGGAGGAGGCGGUAGUGGAAACGGCGACGGAGACGGUGGCGCUCGCAAGCCGGAAGACAUUCUUGCUUUCUCAAGAACCGUACGGAAGACGGAUUCGUCGCUCGAGUAG